AUGGGCGCCCCCGCGGCGGUGAAGCAAGUGCGGCUGGCCGGCCUCCCCUCCCGCCUCCGCGACAACCUCGACUGCGAGAUCCGCUUCCUCGUCGCCGUCAGCCACCCCAACAUCAUCCGCCUCCUCGAUGUCAUCCGGACCCCGUGUUUAUCUACUCCGGCAGCAGCAGCAGCCGUACCAAGAGGAGGAGGAGCUGGUCGGAGCCGCGCGCACGACGGCGCCGUGCUCGCGCUCUCCGGUCGCGCCGCCUGCCUCAACUUCGCCGACUCCGCCUGGCGGAUGCUGCCCGUGCUCGCGGCCGGGUCGUUCGGCUUCGGCAGCGCGCGGGAGGUCAAGGCCGCUGUCGCCGUCGUCGCGUUCCAGCGGAGGCAGAUCAUUCCAGUCGCCGUCGCCGUCGUGGCGCUCCAGAAGCAGCAGGUUCCGGUCGCUGUCGCCGUCGUGGCGCUCCAGCAGCAGCAGCAGCAGGUCCCGGUCGCCUUCAUCUAA